UUCAUUGUUUAUCUUAUCUUAUCUUAUUAAGUUAAGUUCAUUGUUUAUCUUAUCUUAUAAAUAAAGUUAAUAGUUUAUUCUGCCCUAUGCAUAUCUGUGUGGUAAUCUAGUCUUGCAUGUAAAUCAGAGACUUGAACUUUACUUAGUCAUUCCUGGCUGAUUCAUUGUUUAAAUUGAUGUAAUCAAAAUAUUAAUGUUUUUGGCUUACAAUAUAAAAAUAAUUGGAGAAGGUUAUUGUAAAAUAUUUACUUGUGUUUUUAUCUGAAAUGGCUAGUAUUUAAUUUUAUACAGUAAAAACAUUGCUAGCAAAUUAGAGAUACAACUUUCAUUCUAUUUGAUUGACUUAUGCUAGUUAGACCCUACCAUUACAUAUUUCAUAAUACAGCUACAGAUUUUGUUUAAAAUCAAGAGUUAAUUUUAUAGUUAUAGUUGUAUAAUUUCUCUGAAUAUAUAUAUAUAUUAAUUAAACAUGUAGAUUUGAUUAUAAUUAGUGUAUAUUACUGCAAUACAGACAAAACAACUUUUAAAAAAAUUAAGCCAUAUUAAAAUUGUUGAAACCAUUCCUUCUUAUUUCUUUUCCUUUAGCUUUCUGUUGUUUUUUUUGUCUUUUGUUAAAUUUGAUUUAACUACUAUACAUUGUUAUGUUGUUGUUUAUUAAAUUUCUUUGUUCUUUGUUCUUUAUGUUUGAUGGAGACCACUUGUGUGGACUAUUGGCCCAUGAUGCCCUGCUAACACUACUGUACAAAAAACAACCAAACUGAAACUUCAUGACCUUAUCACAAGGUCAUGCUAAGAACAGACAGAGGAAGUGAUGGGAAGACAACAUAAUGAAUGGACAGGCCUGUCAUUAACAGAUCAUGUGUGGUGCCCCAAUAAUUCAACAGACUAAGGGAUAGAUUUUUCCAUGAAGAUGCCACUCGAGAAAUGCUGGAUGAAUGGCGACCAUUGUUGUAUCCGUUAGGUAGUACUCAAAUCACUUAUGGUCUCCGAUGUUUUGAUUAUUUUCUUCCUAUCAGUGUGCCUCCACAUCUACAUCAUAAAGGAUUUAAGUUGUGGCUAGAUGAGUUUCUGCAGUUAUGGUUAUCUAUUCAAAACAUGCCAUCUUGGGAGGCCAACUUAGUCUACCUAUUUUCUGACCUGGCUCAGAAUAACAUUGGCUACAUUGACUGGCUGCCUUAUAUUCCUAUGAUUUUUAAUCGCCUUUUACGAAGUUUUUGCCUUCCAAUUGGAGAGCAAUAUGUAGUAUCUGUUGCUGAUAACCAAACAUAUAACACAACUACUGCUUCAACUUGGAUAGUCAGCAUGAUGGGUGGAAGUGACCAUCAUGUGGUUCAAGAACAUAUCACAAAACUGUUUAAAUCUUUACAUUCUUUCUAUCAUCCGUCUAAUGGUGGACAGUGGACGGAUAAACUAUGUACAUUCCUUAUGAUGCUUCCAGAAAUGGUUGUCAAGCGCUUGAGAAGAGAAAGAUAUUCCAAUGAUAAGGGUUGGUUGACCCCAGUACCAGACUCUCACAAACUGACAGAAAGUCAGGUGACAGUGUUUGUGGAAAGUUUAAAAUCAGCAGUAUUUUUGGCCCUUUUUGGCAAGUCUGGGUGUGGAGCUGAUUUUGCCUGUAAAGCUUUAAACAGCCUGGCUACUCUGAGGCCUGCCCUUGUUUUGCCACCACUACUGGAAAAGAUGUAUCAAGCCAUGGAGACCCUAACAGAACCUCAUCGAGUUUUUACUUGUAUUAUUGCCAUUACAUGGGUUGUCAGGCCCUUGGUCAGUUCAGUAGAGAUUUAUCCAGAAGGACAGUUACAUGUGCUUCCUCUUCUGAAGCUCUCCUUGCCUGGCAUUGAUCCAAAUGACAACAGAAAAACUUUGGCAACUCUACAGAUGAUCACAAAUGUUGUUGUGCUCAUACCAAUUGUAGAUUCAUCAGAUGCUGUCCAUAAAUGUCCUAAUUUGACAGAGCACCAAAGAGAAGUUUGCUCUCUCACAGCACAGUUUGAGGACUUUGUUAUGACUUUUCUUGACAGAAUAUUUAAUUUGAUUAAGAACAGUCGUCAAGAGGUUACUUGUGAAUCUGUGAAAAAUAAGACUGCAGACCAGUUGACCACAGACAUUUGUCUGCACUCAUCUGUCUCUGCUAUUUUACAGCAAUGCUCAUCUUCUAUAUAUACUAGUGCCUUAAGGAGAAUAAACCACUUCAUCACCUCCAAUGUGUUUGAGGUGAAGGUCAGUGGCAAGCUAGCAGCUGUUUUGUGCAGAGCUGCUGUCAGGGCCAAUCCAGUGCUAGGACUCAAGACCUUUGUUCCACAUCUCUGCUCAAGUAUUCUGAGAUUUAUUCAAGAAUAUCCUGGGGUCAAAGACGAAGACAUAUUAGAUAACACUUUAUUGUGGAAUCUUUUAAUUUUAUCACAUGUUGUGAGUUGUGAAGGUUCCAGUCUACUUCCUUACCAAGGAGAACUGUUUGAUGUCAUGAAGCACACACUGCAUUUCAAAAGUGUCCAAUGCUACAACAUUGCUGGGCAAAUGCUUAACUGGACCCUCAAAAGUUUGACACAGAUUUACCCCUUGGAGUUCCACAGCAAUCAUAAAGGCUUUGAAAGACCUGUGGAGGAGGACCUGCCUAUCAAGGACUGGGGUACAGUUAUUGAGAUUGAUGAAAUGAAUGUAGGCUGGCAUCAAGCUUCUGAUGUAGAGCUGGAAUUUGCUCAAUUUUUGAUUGAUGAGUUACUUGUACCACAGCUGCAUUUCUUCCAAAACAUUUCUUCUGACAGUCAAAUAUCAAAAGAAGAAAUAUUAUGUAGAUUGAAUAUUGUUUUGAAAGUGUUAAUUGGUGCUGACAGUCACUUCCCUUCCUUUGAGAGUGAGACAGUCAAACUAACUGAAACUCAAGUUCCUUUACGUUAUUUAAGUUGUAUUCCUCAGCAUGAUAAAAGAGUGCUAACUGCUGAUGGAAAAAAUGUAAGAGCCUUAGUACAUGAUACAAUGCAUGAUUUGUUGAAGUACAUGAAUGUAGCAAGAGAGGAUGAUACCAAAUGUUUGUUCCUUAUCAUUAAUAUCUAUCAAUAUGUAACACAACAUUAUAAAGAUGUUUUGAGAUUCAGCAGGUGGCAAUGUUUUGGUUUUGUGAAAAUAUUAUUUGAGAGUCAGUUGUUACCAGAUGGAAAGUGUAUGCGUGCAUUGCUAAUUGAAGAAGUUCACCAAUUUCAUGAGUUAAAAAUGUUGAACCGCAGUAAUUUUGAGUUAACAUUUAGACAUUUGGAUAUUUUGAAAGAUUUGUUGGAGCUGUCAGUCAGCCGUUACAAGACGGUGAGGAAAGCUGCUCAGAAAAGCCUGUGUCAUGUCUUCAAGUGUUGUCCAUAUUCCUAUGUUCCAUAUGUCCCACUACUAGUCAAGAACUUGAUGGACAAGGACAUAGAACCACAUAGGUUAAAGGGCAGUCUAUAUGCACUUGAAAGAAUGGGAAGCAAAAAAGACUGGUCAGUAAUGUCCAUGUUGUUGCCAGCUUUAUUUCAAGUUGACCAAUCUAAUAAGCCCAGCAUCCUAAAAGUAAUCAAAAAUAUUUUAAACGCUUAUAAAAACAUGGAAACAUUUGCCAUAACUUUUAAAACUUCAGAUGAAGUGAUUGAAUCAGCAACAAAGUUUCUGAGGGAAGGCUCAGUGUCCUGUGGUAAUGACAGUACCAUUUUUGAGGAACUGCAGUCAGGAGUAGAGUUUGAAAAUCACAACAAUGAGCUGGCCAAACAAAGCUUCAUUAAACUGACACAGGAUCUCCUUGAGCUAAUAAAAGAAGGAAAAUUAGCUUGGAAGUUCAGGGAGAUGAGCUUUGAGUUCCUGCAUAUGCUGCUUCAUCAAGACAUAUUACCAUCUCCAAAACUUGUCUCUUUAAUUACUGAUAACUGCAUUAAUAAUCAUCCAAACAUUAGGAAGCUGUCUUGUAGUGCACUGAACACUGUCAUGGAGCUACACAAGAAGAAGGCCAAGAAAAUUUUGGUUAACAUUGAACACACUGCAGGCGUUGGUCCAAUAAAUUACAGCAAACUACUCCCAGGUGACAGACCUGACAAUGCUUGGCUACAAUUUGAUCCAAAGAAGUUUUUAUCCAAUGAAGAAGACUGGAACAGGACUGUAUUUAUAGAGAAAGCACAUUGGGGAUACUAUACCUGGCCCAAAGAACUAUGGACCUUUGCUCCUUAUCAUGAACAGCCAAAGUAUUGUAGAGAAAGGCAUGAGAUCCCAGCGGCUGAACAACCAAUUUAUGAUUGCUUUAUGAAUGAGGAAUAUGUGGAGAAACUGUUCAACUUUCUUGCACUAGAGGAAGAGAAAUCUUUCCUUGCAUCUGUAAUGUAUUUUUCUAAGAGAUUGUUCCACAAUUUUGAAGACAGUUUUUUGCCCCAGUUUCAAGUUCACAUAGAGAAGUUGAUGAAAGAUACCAGUCAUGAUAGACAGGUCUGGAGUCACAGGCGUGUUACUGAAGUUUUGUCAGGCAUCAUCUUAGGAUCAAAACUCUGGCCUUAUUCAAAGGUGGAAAAUCUCUGGCUUUGGAUUACACCAUUACUUGAACAUGCUUUGAACAAUAUCACAGUGGAGACAGACUCAAGCUGGACAUACUUCUUUUUUUAUAUUUGUAAUAACAGAGCUCCUCAAAGACUUCAAUGGCUGUACAGAUUGCUGCUAAAGAAUCCAGUGAAUGGAGAUGGGGGAGCUUUUGGGGAUUCUUCGAGAGUAGACAUGCUUCAUGAAUCCAUUUCUCCACAACACUGGAAGAUACCAGCAUACUUGCAUGAAAUAGUUAACUGUUUACAUCCCUACCUGUCUCACACCUCCGUCAUAGUCAGGAAUAGCAUAGCAUCACUGUUAAGGUCAUGUCAAAGGUAUGAUUACAAAGUGCACAUGGAUAGCCAAACUCUCUCACCUAAACGUACUGACUUUAUUUUGUCAGUUUUGCCUGAACUGGAAAAACUGAGAGAUUAUGUUGCUUCACAUAGUGGAGAUUGCUCUGAGUCAUCCAUUGAACCAGAUGAAAAAAAUGAAAAAGAUUCUGCUGUUAGAUUUUGUAAAACAGUGAUAGAGUGGGUGAGAGAAAUACUAACUGAAUCUUUUAGUCCAUGCCUCAAAGAAAUAUUUCAACUCUUACUUGUAAUCCAGAAAAUCCAAAUAGAAGUCAAUGAUGAAGACCUGAAACAUGAUUUUGAAUUAGGCAUCAAGGAUCUUUCAAAGAUCUUACUUCCUAAGGAAUAUUUCAAUGUUGCCUUGGCUGCUAUUAAAGAGGUGGCAGGUUUAAAGUCUUGGCAUGCCAGAGCUAAUAUACUGAACUACAUGCAGCCAAUGGUGUUUGGUAAUUUCUUCCUGCUCCAAGGAGAUCACUAUAAAAAGACAAUUCAAGCCAUGCUCUUACAAUUACUAAGUGAUGAACAGCUCGAGGUAAGAGAAAAGGCAGCAGUCACUUUGAGUGGAUUUAUUCACUGUAACUAUUUAGAACUGAACAAAGAUAUGCUGGAAUAUUUUGAAAAGCUGAGGAUCCUAAAAGUGACUAUGACCAAUGGCAGUAGUAUAAAACCAGUCCCCCUACAAGGGCUAGUCAAGAAACAUGCUGGUAUACUGGGGCUCAGUGCUUGUGUCCAGGCUUACCCCUAUGAUGUACCUGACUUUAUUCCUCAAGUGCUAGCCAACUUGAGUGUUCAUGUGAAUGAUCCUCAGCCCAUUGGGAUGACUGUAACCAAGACACUGUCCAACUUUCGACGCACCCAUCAUGACAACUGGCAUCAGCACAAGAUGAUGUUCACAAAUGACCAGCUGGAGAUGAUUACUGAUAUACUCAUUUCACACAACAACUAUGCAUGAUUUGUCAUGUAAUGCGUAGGAAGUGUGCUAUUAAUACCAUAUACAAAUGUUGAAACCAAAAAUAUUAGCAGCAUGAGGAUCAGUUUUGUGUUUACAUUUUUAAUUCUAAUUUUGUUAUUAAAUAUCCGAGAUACUGUAUAGUUUCAUUACUUAAUGGAGAUUAGGUCAACCACAAAAAUUUCUAGAUAAUUAUACCAUGUCUUUUAUGAUUAAUUUUAACAUUUGUAAUUUCAAAUUACAUAUUUUAUUGUGUUUUUCCCAAAUUUAUCAUGUUAUUUUUUAGGAGAUUCAUUUAAUUUGAAAGCCUAUUAUUUUUAUAUCGCUCUCUUUUAAAAUUUUUUUAUAUUGUGGUGACUUUUUUUGAUGGCCUUAAUCAGAAAAAAAGAGCUUAAUUGUUCUUCAGGCCAUAGGUUUAUAAAAGAAUCUCUUUAACUAAAUGAAAGGCCAAUUUAAACAUAAUUUUUAAUGGAAUAAAUGAUAGUGGUCAAUGUUGUUUUUUUAUUUGAAUUCUGAGUGAGAUAUAUCUACUAUAUUUUGAACAUGCAUUUUGAUAAACCUUGAUAAUUAAUGUCAAUAUAAAUAUAUUGUACUGGUUAAGAUUGCAAAUAUGUUUGAGUUUACAAAUGGAAUAUUAGAUUGACUUGUUAGCAAUUUGUUACUAGUAUGGUCCAAUAAAAAUUAAAUUCAGAAUAAAAUAAAUGGCAAGAAAAUGAUGGUUAUUCCCUUUUUUUAAACGUUUUAAUAACAUUGUCUUCAACAAAUUCACUCCUAUUGGAAUUAAAUGCUGUGUUUUUGGUGAAGUACUAAUUCAGCAGUUUUGAAGACUUGCGUAUGAUAAGAGUUCUUCCUUAGAUUCACUUGGUUAAAUUCUUAUAUUUCUUUGGUGAAAGUGAAUUAGGAUUUCAUUUUUUAUGUUUAAAAUGAAAGUACCAGUACCACAGUGUAGAAACAUAAAAAUUUAUUGUUUUUAAGGGAUUUUUUUCUGUUUUAAUUUAAGGCAAUCAAAGUAGGCCUAUAUAUUGUUGUAAAAUAGAAUUAUUGUUGAAUUAAAAAUUUGUAGGUAUAAUAAUUUGUAUUGCAAUAUUUUUUACAACAUUAUUUCUCUUUGCAUUAACAUCUGUAUAGACUACCCAUGGACAUUAUUUCUCUUUGCAUUAACAUCUGUAUAGACUACCCAUGGACAUUAUUUCUCUUUGCAUUAACAUCUGUAUAGACUACCCAUGGACAUUAUUUCUCUUUGCAUUAACAUCUGUAUAGACUACCCAUGGACUCACACAGUAAGAUGCAAUUAGAAGUUACCGGUACCAGCAUUUUUUUUUCAUGUCUUGUUCUGAAAUAGAAGAUAAGUUUAGCUUAUCUUUUUUUUUAAACUGAAAACCAGCUGUGUAAAGUUCUUUUUAGAAAAAAAAUAACAAAAAAAAGUGCUGAUACAGAGAAAUGUGUAAGGCCACCCUCGAUAUGUUUCAGUCUAUAGAUUGUUCUAUUUAUUAAAUGUUUCUUUAGUAUUUUUUUAUUACAGUUUUUAAAAUAUUUUUUUAAAAUUUUCUUUUCUUUUAAAGGAGUUGGGUGACUUCUAAAUACUAUUUGGUUAAAACUAUAAAUAGAAGUGAAUGGGUUAAACAUUUUUUGUGUGUUAAAUAUUGUUUUUCUUUAAAUUAAUAUGGUAUUUGAGGUUCAUGAAAUUUCAUUUUAUAGUGAGAGACUAUGGACAUAGCCAGAUGAAUACUCUCAAUAAUAAAGUAUAUGCUUCACAUAGUAAAAGUAAGAAUUGACAAUGCAAACACCAAACUUUUAUGUACCUACUUCUGAAAGACAAAAAACUAGAAUAAAAUAUCCUGACUAAUGGUGUAACAAGUUUUAAAAUGCCUGUUCUAGUCCUGACAAUUUAAAUUCACAUUAACUAUGGUUUAGUGAUGUAGAUAGUUUGAUGGGAUACUUUACUAAUCAGUAAAUUACAUCUAUGUUACUAUUGGGUAAUAUUACAAACAAGUGAGGACAAAAGCAUAGAUUCUUAGUACUAACAAUAUACACAAAUUCAAUGAUGCUGUUCUUUACAAAGCUUAUAUCAACUCGCCCUGUCUGUUAAAAAAAUUUGUAGACAUUAUUUCUCCCAUUUUCUCAAAUCAAGUUUAAACUUUGCAUUAUUAUUCAUUGGUGUAGAAUCAAUAAAAACAUUAACCAAUUAUUUAAUUAAUUAAUGGUAAUUAAUUAUUUUCUUUGAUACCAACAAGAGAAAUUAAUCCUUCAGUUAUCACAGAUUCCCUGAUCAAGUUGAAACUUUAGACAAUUAUUAACUG